GGCGGGACCCGGCAGGAGGCCAUUGUAAGCGCAUAGCGUCAGUCCCCAAGCCCCGCCUCCGCAGGGGCCUCUAAACACGUCCUUCCGCCCGCUUCCUCUUCUCUUUCUCCGCCAUCGUGGUGCGUGCUGUUGAGUCUCACUCGUCAUGUCUUCUCACAAGACUUUCAGGAUCAAGCGGUUCCUGGCCAAGAAACAAAAGCAGAAUCGGCCCAUUCCCCAAUGGAUUCGGAUGAAAACUGGUAAUAAAAUCAGGUACAACUCCAAGAGGAGACACUGGAGAAGAACCAAGAUGGAUCUGUAAGAAAUCACACAUUAGAUGGCACGCAUAUAUCUGCUGUAUCCAGGUUGCUUGAACCUCACCAAAGUACUGAGAAGAUCACUACUAUCUGGACAGUUGGGCAUGUUUUAUUGAGAAAUUAUUGGGAAAAAAUGAUUUUCUUCUUUCUGUAAUAUGCUUCUGCACUAGUAGGUUGGUUCAGUAAUAAAUAUGUGAAGCUUUUUAAA